AUGUCGAACCUGAACCGCAACAAUGUGACCGGCACCGGCGCCAACGUCAUUCCCCCGCCCGUGGUGCACAAGACCGGCGUGCCAGUCGUGCCGGUGGCCGCGGCUCCCGUGGUGCCCAUGCAGAACCUGUCGCUGGGCGAGAAGGUGGUCCACGAGCCCGAGAGGAUCAUCGAGCACAAGCCCAUCCUCGAGAGGGAGGUCCUCAACGAGCCCAUGCUCGAGGUCAAGCGCGAGCACCACAUCCAGCCCAUCAUCCACGAGACCGAGCACCGCGUCCAGCCCAUCAUCAAGACCGAGGCCACCACCGAGCGACCCAUCAUCGAACAGGACAGGAAUGUUAUGAUGCCGCCUGUGGUCGAGCGGGCCGCGAUGCCGCCGGGCCUGGAGGCCGUCGAGCGCGUCGCGCCCGAGGGGGUCAUCCACGCGCCCAAGAUCGAUCGCGAGAUCGUCAACGAGCGGCCAGUCGAGGUGCGCCGCGAGCACCACAUCCAGCCCAUUGUCCACGAGCGUGAGCACCGCAUCCAGCCCAUCAUCAAGACCGAGGCCACCACCGAGCGGCCCAUCAUCGAACAGGACAGGAAUGUCAUGCACGCGCCCAUCGUCGAGCGCGCCGCGAUGCCGGCGGGCCUGGAGGCCGUCGAGCGCGUCGCGCCCGAGGGCGUCAUCCACGCGCCCAGGAUCGCCCGCGACGUGGUGGUCGAGCACCCGGUCGAGGUGCGCCACGAGCGCCACAUCCAGCCCAUCAUCCACGAGCGCGAGCACCACAUCCAGCCCAUCGUCAAGACCGAGGUGACGGCCCAGCAGACCCACCUCAAGACCGACAGGAAUGUCAUGCUCGAGCCGAUCGUCGAGCGCGCGGCGCUGCCUGCCGGGCUCGAGGCCGUGGAGCGGGCCGGACCCGAGGGCGUGAUCCACCGGCCCAAGCUCGAGAAGGAGGUCAUCGUCGAGCACCCGGUCGAGGUGCGCCACGAGCGCCACAUCCAGCCCAUCAUCCACGAGCGCGAGCACCACAUCCAGCCCGUCAUCAAGACCGAAGUUACGGCCGAGCAGACCGUCAUCGAGCGCGAGAACACCGUCAUGCUCCCGCCCAUCAUCGAGCCCACGGUCAUGGUCGGCACCGCCACCCGCGCCGCGCCCGUCAUGACCCAGCCGACCGUGGUCGCCACCACCACCCUGCCCCGCACCGCCGGCCUCGACACCGCGCAGCCACUGGCCGCCGCCACCACGGCCACCACCACCCUGCCCCGCACCGCCGUCGGUGGCUUGGACAGCGAGCAGCGCCUGACCUCGGGCGGCGCGGCGCCGAUGCUGUCGGGUGAGCGCGAGGUCUACAACCGGGACCUGGGCGCGACAGGCACGACCGCCACUGGCGGCGAGACCCACGUGGGCAUCGGCCAGAAGAUCAAGGGCGCGAUGAAGGAGGUUCAGGGCACCAUCACCCGCAACUCGGCCAUGAAGGAGGAGGGCAGGAAGCUCAUGCACGGCGAGACCACCACCUCCACCACCGGCUCCCGCACCGGCCUUUGA